AUGCAUUUGCACUAACAAUUAAAUUAAAGCUUUAGAGGAAAAGCCUUCAGUAUAGUAUUAGUCAAUAAUAUUUAUUUAAUUUACAUAUAUGUCUUGAAAUAUCAUUUACAAAACAAUAAUUUAAACUAUAGCAAAAUAGUACUAUCAAAACCUUACAAAAUCCAAUCAUCCCUAAAAGAUUUCUGUUUUUCUUUAACCUAUAAGUCAGUUCAACUUCUACUAAAUUUAGGAUCAUAUUUCUAAUAAUUAAAUUAUAAAGUAUUAAAAAAUAUCUAUAUUGAUCAAAGUCAAGCCUCUUCAGGAGCCUUCAUUUAUAUUUCCCACAGUAUUAAAGAAACCAGUCAAAAUUAAUGUUAGAUUUAUAAAAAGCCUACUGUUAUAAAUUUAAAAACACAAAGGUUCUGUUCAAGAAAAUUUGUGUAUAAAUCAAAUGUGAAUUAUAGAAUGAACUAAUGGCCAAUUGUUUUGAAUUUAGAAAUAGAAAAAAAAAAAUAUAAAUACUUUCUUUUUCAAUAUUGACUAGUAAAAACAGAUCUUUUCAAAAUUUUAGGAGUAUAUUAUUGUUUUAUUAUUAGAAAUUAAGGAUUAAAUAAACAACUAACAUUAUAAGAGGUUUUGA